AAGUGUUUGCCGUAUUUUUACCCAAUUGCCCCAAGACAAGUAAUAUGCGGUCGAUAUCUUUCAAUAUAAACUGAAGCAAAAUGAGUAGAAAAGGUAAAGUAAACAACUCCUAAAAAUAUUCAAUCAACAUCAUACAGCCAGCAGUAGAGUGUUUUGUGGUCUGCACAUAGAGAGACACCACUUAGGGAUCCUUUCAAUUGAGAAAAAAAUCUGCAUAUUUCUAUCAAUUAGCUGCUGUCCACGAUGGUUGCACAAGGCUUCACUGUGGAUUUAGAUAAGCCACUUGUAUACCAGGUUGGCCACCUUGGAGAAGCUUAUCAAGAGUGGGUUCACCAGCCCAUUGUCAGCAAGGAAGGUCCUCGAUUUUUUGAAAGUGAUUUUUGGGAGUUUCUGACUCGCACAGUUUGGUGGGCAAUUCCUACCAUAUGGCUUCCAGUUGUGUGCUAUAGCAUCUCUGUGUCUAUCCAUAUGGGUCGUACUGUUCCAGAGGUGGCACUGAUGGUUGGUUUUGGCAUUUUCAUCUGGACACUGAUGGAAUACACUCUUCAUCGUUUUCUUUUCCACAUCAAUACAAGGAGCUAUUGGGGAAACACUAUUCAUUAUCUUCUUCAUGGCUGUCAUCAUAAGCAUCCCAUGGAUGGUCUACGGCUGGUUUUUCCUCCUGCUGCAACGGCUAUUCUCCUUGUACCAUUCUGGAACUUGAUCAAACUCCUGGCAACUCCCACUACUGCUCCUGCUUUGUUUGGAGGCGGUUUAUUGGGCUAUGUUAUGUAUGAUGUAACCCACUACUACUUGCAUCACGGGCAACCAACAGUUGAAGUGCCUAAAAAUCUUAAGAAAUAUCACUUGAAUCAUCAUUUCCGUAUCCAGAACAAAGGUUUUGGUAUCACCUCCUCCUUCUGGGACAAAGUGUUUGGAACGCUACCACAUUCAAAAUCAGCCAAGAACAGAUGAUUCCCUUCGGAUAGGAGAAUCACAGCACUAAUCACUUUUUAUUAGAAGGGUUAGAAUUAUUAUUUUUUCUUUAAAAUCCAGUUCCAGUUUUUUCAUUUUGCCACUAUGUUCAUGCUACAGUUUAAUUGGAACUUGGCAUUCAUCCUUGUGACAACUUGUGUAAGGGUUACGUAACCGUGCUGCGAAACAUUGUGCUCAUCAGUCCAUCUAGGUUGUAUUUAUGUUUAUCAUUGGGCUGUAUGUUGGCCAUUUAUUUGUACCUUGUACCAGUUUGGCAAUUAGAAAAAUUCUGUUGAUGCAUGGCAA